AUGCUGUGGUUAUCCUUCAUCCCCAUAGCUCCCCGACUCUUUCUGAUCUUCUUCCGCUACUGCCAACCUGCCAUCGUCAGCGAGGUCAUCCGGUACAUAAAGAACCCAUCUGGGCAAGACUCACAACGGGGGCAUGCUAUCGUCUUUGUAUCUGCUAUCGUCUAUAUCGGUCUAGUGGUAAGCAAGGUGGAAUACCAGCGCUCCAUCGACCAGCUACGCAUCGCCACGAAGGGGGUCAUCGUGGGACUCGUCAACAACAAGUCUCUAUCCCAGCCUUCGAACGCGUAUGAAUAUGGGAGAGCCGUGUCCCUACUGAGCACUGAUUCCGACGGCAUCGUCCAGAGCGCAAGGAUCUUCCAUGAGACGUGGGCUCAGAUCAUCGAGGUGACGAUCGGUAUGGUCAUGUUGGCCCGCCUAGUCGGAUGGGUUUGUCCUGUACCGCUUGUCGUUAUCUUCUGCUGCUCUCAGACGAGUCGCUAUCUUGCCAAGAACCUGCAAGCACGGCAAGAGGCUUGGAAUAUGGGUACCCAGCAACGCCUCGCGACGACGACGUCCAUGCUCAGCUCUCUGAAGAGUGUGAAGAUGCUGGGUCUCAGCGACUAUAUAGAGUCGCUUGUAUCCUCUCUGAGGAAAGAUGAGCUGUACAUGGCCGAACGGAUUCGCCGGAUGAUGGUUGCCCACAACGCAAGCGCCAAUGCUUCGGUAAUAUUCUCUCCUAUCCUCACGAUCAUAAUAUACGCCCUCGUUUCCCGCUGGAGGGGAUCGACUCUCGAUGUCGAGACGGCUUUCACGGCGACCGCCCUCCUUGGGCUGGUGACACACUCGGCAAGCAUGAUCAUGGCUAUGGUCCCGCAGGCAUCAGGGUCUCUGGCUGCCUUUGAGCGUGUCAGACAGUACCUAUCACAGCCAGACAAGCUAGAUCAGAGAUCGGUGUCCAAUGGUCCGAAUUCUCCCGACAUCACCCUUGAAAAUGUCUCUGUGCUGCCGUCCCCGUCAGUGAGCCCCAUCCUUUCUGGUGUCAGCCUAACCGUUACCAAGGGCUCCAUAAUCGUCUGCUCUGGGCCGGAAGGCAGCGGAAAGUCGUGUCUGGCCAAAGCCAUUCUUGGAGAGGCCCCCAUCAGCAACGGAGCGAUAGCCGUGUCUACCAGACGGAUUGGGUACUGCCAGCAGUCCCCUUGGCUGCCAAACCAGACAUUGAAGCAGGCUAUAUGUGGUUUCUAUUCAGAGGAUACAUUGGGGUAUAGAGAGGUUGUUAGACUGUGCUGUCUUGAUCAAGAUAUUCUGUCCCUGCCCGACGCAGACGAGACAAUGAUUGGCAGCGGCGGGUCAAACCUUUCUGGGGGACAAAGACAGCGUGUAGCGCUUGCCCGUGCCUUGUAUUCCCGCACCGGUAUCGUCCUUCUGGAUGACUGUUUCAGUGCGCUCGAUGGUACUACUGAAGGGCGCAUCAUCGAAAACCUCUUCGGCCCGAGUGGAUACUUUAAGAAGCAAGGCAUCACCGUUCUACUCUUCACACGCUCUGCUUCACAUUUUGCUCUUUCGGAUUGGCUCGUCAUCCUGGGCAACGGCUCUAUUACCUACCAAGGAACGUAUGACGAUCUGAGGGAAAAGCCUGAUCACGCACCAGAGAUUGAUAGGAAAGAGACAUCCGAAGGCCAGGGAGUUCGUGUAGACGAGAAUGUCCAGAUACAAGGCUUGACGCUGACCGAGGCUACAUUCGACUGCGAUACAAGAGCAACGGGGGAUCCAUCACUCUACGGUAAGGGCUCAGCCUGCGGCGACGCAGAUCCGCAUUGCACCAACGUCGGGAACCAAGCUACACUCCCUGCUCCGUCAGCUUACUUCUCUGGUACUGGUGCUGGUGUCAUACUCAACCGUCAGGAUAUCCAGCUCGUCGACAGACAGCUGCCAGCUGCCAUACUGUCCAUCUGCAACCAGACCUUCGAGCUCAUGGUACAAACCACCCUGCUCUUCAGUGCGCAAAACUUACUCGCAGCUACACUGCCGCUUUGCGUUGCAGCAGUGUACUUCGUCCAGAAGAUCGAGGGCAUUGCCACAAUCCGCGCAUUUGGCUGGGAAGAACAGGUAGAGCAGCUGAACACCUAUUACCUUGAUAGGGCCCAGAAACCGACCUACACACUCUUCUGCCUCCAACAAUGGCUUGGUGUCGUGCUGGACCUCAUUGUCGCGGCCAUCGUGAUCGGUCUCAUCAGCCUUGCUGUUCUGUCGGGAACGACAGCCGGACAGAUCGGGAUGGCGCUGAACAUUGUCCUUGUCGCCAAUACGACUCUGUCGGGUCUAGUGACAUCCUGGAUGAAUAUGGAGAUGUCUCUCGGAGCAAUCUCUCGUAUAAAGACAUUCGAAUCAGAUACCCCGAAGGAGGAAAUGCCGCUCGAACAUCAUGAGCCUGGCACGGAUUGGCCCUCGGUGGGGGCUGUCGAGUUGGUGGAUGUCGCGGUAGCGCAUGGCCCCGACUCACAUGCCCUCCAGGACAUCACCAUGACGAUACCCGCAGGAGGACGGCUGACUGUGUGUGAUGGCACCGGAAGUGGAAAGAGCACCCUGAUGUUGACCCUCCUACGUCUUCUGGACCUCCAGUCUGGAAGCAUCAGAGUGGAUGGAAUCGACCUGAGUCUAGUUCCACGAUCUUUGGUUCGCCAGAGGUGCUUCAUCACGGUGCUACAAGACCCCUUUAUCCUUGACCAAGUCAGUCUUCGCUUCAACCUCGAUCCCUCUGGGACCCAUCCGGAGAAAGCAAUCAUCCUGGCCCUCGAGAAAGCCACACUCUGGUCUCAUUUCAUCUCGGACCAACCUGUCCCUGACUCUGCCAAGAUCCUGGACAGUCCUAUCUCGUCGUUGCCGCGCAUGUCAUCUGGCCAGUCGCAGCUCUUUGCACUGGCCCGCGCCGUCUUGCGGCUCUGGAGUCUCCGUCAGCCAACUGAUCUGCUUCCUCGUGCCAUGCCCAUCUUGCUUCUCGAGGAGGCUACCUCUUCGCUCGAUUUGAUUGAGGAAGGUGCUGUGCGGAGCAUCGUCCGCGAGGAGUUUGCUGAGCGUGGACAUACAGUGAUCUCCAUCACGCAAAGGGCAUCCGGGUCUGACCGAGGGACGCAAGCUCUAGACUUGCCUCUUGGAUAA